AUGUCAUCAUGCUCGCGACAUGCCGCACUUCUGUCCUUGGCCUUGGCAAUGGUGUGCCAAAGCCACAGAUUCGUGGAGCUGCAAGAGAUCCCCACAAAAGGUGCGUUCGAUUUCACAGCCUUCUCCAUGGAUGGCACUCAGCACCUCGCGGUGGCCAACUACUUCGAUGGCAGUUCCCGCAACAUUGACUCCAAGAUCUACAAAUGGAACGAUGCCAGCAGCACCUUUUUGGAGAUGCAGAGCAUACCCACCAAAGGCGCUCGCCGUUGGACAGCCUUCUCCAUGAAUGGCACUCAGCACCUUGCAAUGGCCAAUCACUUCGAUGGCAGUUCCUACAACAUUGACUCCAAGAUCUACAAAUGGAGCGAUACCAGCAGCACCUUUGUGGAGAUACAGAGCAUUCCCACCAGAGGCGCCCUCGAUUUCACAGCCUUCUCUAUGGAUGGCACUCAGCACCUCGCGGUGGCCAACUACUUCGAUGGCAGUUCCCACAACAUUGACUCCAAGAUCUACAAAUGGAACGAUGCCAGCAACACCUUUUUGGAGAUGCAGAACAUUUCCACCAAAGGCGCACAUGGUUGGGCAGCCUUCUCCAUAGAUGGCAAUCAGCACCUGGUGGUGGCCAAUCAGAAUGAUGACAGUUCCCACAACCUUGAGUCCAAGAUCUACGAAUGGAACGAUGCCAGCAGCACAUUUUUGGAGAUGCAGAGCAUCCCCACCAAAAGCGCCCUAGGUUGGACAGCCUUCUCCAUGAAUGGCAUUCAGCACCUGGUGGUGGCCAAUCAGUAUGAUGGCACUUCCUACAACAUUGACUCCAAGAUCUACAAAUGGAACGAUGCCAGCAGCGCUUUUUUGGAGAUGCAGAGCAUUCCGACCAAAGGCGCAAAUGGUUGGACAGCCUUCUCCAUAGAUGGCAUUCAGCACCUGGUGGUGGCUAAUGCUUUGGAUAGCACAGGUUCUUGGAAUAUUGACUCCAAGGUCUACAAGUGGGACGAUGCCAGCAGCACCUUUUUGGAGAUGCAGAGCGUUCCCACCAAAGGCGCUCGCGAUUGGACAGCCUUCUCCAUGAAUGGCAUUCAGCACCUCGCAGUACCCAACUACUUCGAUGAUGUAUCUUACACCACUUUUUCCAAGGAUGUAAGGUCCUGGUCAUUGGCCGCCCUGGGCGGCUACCUGGUUGCUUUGUCGGUGCCCAUCUUCAUGGCCAAGAUGUCCGGACAGGCCGGCUCGCGACCCCGGCAGUCCAUCGAAGAACCCCAGACGGUCGGAAGUUCCGUUGAAGAAGGAACACCCCUAGCUCAAGAAGGGCAAGCUUCUCCGCAGAAGCUUUUGCCAAAUCUCAGACUUCCCGAAACAUUUUCCGGGGCACGCCAGCUCAUAAAGAAGUCUAAGUACGUCCUGGCAGUGAAGAUGCUUCUGGAGUCCGGGAUGCUCUAUGCGAUGGAAGCGCAUCAGCGCGCAAUGCUGGUCGGCUUUUCCGCACAGUGUGGAGCAGGCAUCCUGAUGCCCGUGAAGAGCUGGGAGUGUCCGUCCAGGGCCGAGACAGCAGAGCUUCCAGCUUGUCAUGCCUUGCUGGCCGCGAACGCCCUGUGCGAAGCAGAUGCAGAGGCGGACGACGGCAGCUGCGUCGUGCCACAGGAGUUGGACAACUGUGCCGAUUUCGAUGUGUACAAGAUGGAGCCGUUGGCCUGUGGAGCGAUCGGAUGCAAAGCCCUAAGCCACAUUCUCUGGAUAGCCGCUGUGAUGUCGUUCGGUGCAACCAUUGCAUGGAACACCAGAUUCUAUGCUAGCAGCCUUCGAAGACUACAGCCAGACGAGGGCCAGCGGCUGCGUAUUAGUUUCAAAGCGCUGUUUGCCUUCCUUGCCUCCUUGCUGGUGACCACCACCCUCGUUGGAUUUGCUGGUGGCAGUGCGGCAGUCUUGGCAAUGGCCUUCCUGUGCCCUCUGCUGCCGGUGUGUGCCUGGGUGCUGGCCGCAUGGCUCGCUUCCUUGCCGGCGAAAGGCAAAGAGGCGAUCGUGAACCAAGCGGCAGCUCUGGAGCUUCCAAUAUUCAACGUGUUCGUCGCCCUGAAUCUGUCAGAGAAGGACGUCGAAGCUCUCAAUGACUUCCGCGUGCCUCUUAACAUGGGGCUCAGAGUCGUGGAAGACAUUCCAGAGCUCAUCAUUGGCCUCGUUGACUUGGUCUACUUCGGUGGGUCUUGGUACGCGUGGUUUGGAGCUUUGAUGUCCAUGGCGAUGCUAGUGUUCGACCUGCUACUGGGUGCCCUGCUACAAUGCCAACAGUCCGCAUUGAAGAUUGCACGGAAGACGGUGGACACGGAGUGA